AUGGGUGGCGCUCUAACUCUAUCUUUGUGGCUUCUAAUUCUCUUCUUUUUUUCACUGCGUUCUGCGUCCAUUAACUUAUUGAGAGAAGGCUUCUCUCUCUCCGUUGAAAAUCCAGCUGAUGGUUUAACCUCACCGAGAGGAGUAUUUUCCGCCGGGUUUUUCCAAGUGGGCCACAAUGCAUAUUGCCUUGCCAUAUGGUUCACUGAGCCUGAGCCUGAGCCAUCUCCGAGGCAAAACCUGACGCUGAUUUGGAUGGCAAACCGGGAUCAUCCGGUAAACGGAAGGCGCUCGAAGCUGUCCUUGCAAAAAAUCGGUAACCUUGUACUUAUAGACGCCGGUCAAUCCACCGUUUGGUCCAGUGAUACCGCUUCAAACUCAGAUUCCCAGCUACAACUCUUGGACUCCGGAAACCUUGUCCUAAUCACUCAGAACUGUGUCCUUUUGUGGCAAAGCUUUGCUUCCCCAACGGACACUCUUGUUCCUGGACAAACACUCACAAGAAACACAAAGCUAGUGUCAUCUAGAAGCCAGACUAACUAUUCCUCUGGAUUUUACAUGCUCUUUUACGACAACGACAACGUCCUUCGUCUUCUCUAUGAUGGUCCCGAGAUUUCGAGCAUUUACUGGCCAGACCCUUGGCUUUUGCCAAAUAACGCUGGAAGAUCCAUUUUCAACGACAGUAGAACAGCCGUUCUUGAUUCUUGGGGGAUCUUCAGCUCAUCAGAUAGUUUUACAGUCAUGGCUUCGGAUUAUGCUAUUAAACUCCAGAGAAUCCUCAAAGUUGAAGCUGACGGAAAUCUUAGAUUGUACAGUAGAUCAAAGCAAGGGAAGCAAAGUAGUACGUGGACAGUUACGUGGGAAGCUGUUUUACAACCAUGCAAGAUUCAUGGCAUUUGUGGGAUUAAUAGCCUCUGUACUUACGUGCCUGAAUAUGGUAGGAAAUGCGCUUGCCUCCCUGGCCAUAAGAUGAUAAACCACACUGAUUGGACUCACGGGUGUGAACCAGAUUUUAAACUCCCUUGCUCCAGUAGUAAUGUUAAUCAAUCUGGUUUUCUUCACCUUCCACGUGUUGAGUUCUACGGCUAUGAUUCCAACUUCUAG